AUGGUCCUCUCCAAUUCCCUGCCCGAUGCGACGCACAUGUCUUCCACACACGCCGACCUCAAACCGCCCCGCGAGCCGAAGUGGCCUACUCACAAUGCGCCCCGAGCGUGGUUCUUGACUUGCGCCAAUAGUCCGAUUGGCAUUAGUCUGUGCCGGUCAUUGCUGGCGCAUGGCGACUACGUGACAGCUGGUGUGCAGCCGGUGGAGUUCGAGCGACAUGAAGAUCGCAGCGCGGACUUCAAAGAGUUCCUGGAAGAGGUGGGUACGCAGCAAGAGAAGGAGACGUGGAGGGCAAGGUUGAGAGUCGUUGCAUUGGAUGUACGAGUGGUCGGACAAUGUCAGAGUGCGGUGGCAGAAGCGGUGCAGAGCUUUGGACGGAUUGACGUGCUGUUCUGCUGCCACAGUGAGGUUGUUGUAGGAACAGUGGAAGAGCUGAGCCAGAGCGCAAGGACAUUGACGCUGGUGCACGAUGUCUGGGAGACGAACUUCUUCGGGCCGGUCAAUAUCAUCAAGGCAGCGCUGCCGAUUUUCAGGAGCAAAAAGAACGGGCACAUUGUGCUGUUGACAGCGAUUACGGGACAUCUGGGGACGCCAGGCUUGAGCAUGUUCUGCGCCUCGCAGUGGGCCAUUGAAGGAUAUUGCGACAGUUUGGCGUAUGAGAUCGCGCCUUUCAACAUCAAGAUGACGAUUGUGCAGCCGAAUUUGGAGGUCAAUGUGCUCACGCACAAGAUCACUUCUGCUCCGCCCAUGGCGGCGUAUGCGGAGGAGACGAACCCGGCGCCGUUGUCGCGCAAUAUCUUGUCGGGUAUUCUGGAUCGUUUGGAAGGCACGUCCGAGCCUACGGCGGGCGAUCAACUGCAUAGCGAAGAAGUCAAGAGCUUGUACCCGCCGUUGAGCAGGACGAUGAAGGAGCGGCUGGUGGCUGAGACAGUGCAUGCUGUCGCUGCGGUUGGAGGUCAUGAUAAUCCGCCUGCUCGUCACAUUGUUGGCUUCGAAGGUGUUGCUUCGGUCAAAGAGAAGCUUAAGACUGUGAGCGAAGAACUUGAGGACUUUGUCGAGUGCAGCAGCGCGGUCGACAUUGAGAAGCAGGAUGAUUCCGGUGAACAAGUCCGAUCUAUCACGAUUCCAAGCUGA